AAAGCGGUAAAAGCAGUGGCAAAAAUCCAAGUAGCCAAAUGGAAAUCAAGGAAUCCUCAAGCAAAUUAAACAGCAGACUAGCAGCAGCAGCCACCAGCGUGGCCAAUGAUUAAGGGCCGGGAUUGUUAGCCGUUCCGUAGUAAUCGUAGCAGCAUCCCCCCGUCCAUCCAUAAACACCACACCACACCACACCACAGACGCCCCCCAGCCCAGCGCUCAAUGCUCGGACAGCAGACGUUGGCGCAACAAUUAUAGAGUAGCAACAGAGAGCAGACAGUCAGUCAGUCAGUCCCCCGCAAGACACAUCCCCAUCUACACACAUACAACUACAACAUGGACAUCAAGAUUGAGCAGCAGCAGCAGCAACAACAACAGCAGCAGCAGCAGCAGCAACAACAGCAAGUGGAGCUGGGUCCCUGCUCGCCCUCGGAGGUGCCCAAUGAUCCUGGCAAAAUGUUCAUUGGCGGCCUCAGUUGGCAGACGAGUCCAGAGAGCUUACGCGAUUACUUUGGACGCUAUGGCGAAAUCUCAGAGGCUAUGGUCAUGAAGGAUCCCACGACGCGUAGAUCCAGAGGCUUCGGCUUUGUCACAUUCAGCGAUCCAAAUAGCGUGGAUAAGGUACUCACCCAAGGCACACACGAGCUGGAUGGCAAAAAGGUCGAUCCAAAAGUAGCUUUUCCGCGACGUGCACAUCCCAAGAUGGUUACGAGAACGAAGAAAAUCUUUGUGGGCGGCCUCUCGGCGCCCACCACGCUCGAGGAUGUCAAAAGUUAUUUUGAACAGUUUGGUCCGAUCGAGGACGCCAUGCUGAUGUUCGAUAAGCAGACCAAUCGGCACAGAGGUUUUGGCUUCGUUACAUUUCAAAGCGAAGAUGUGGUAGACAAAGUUUGCGAAAUUCAUUUCCAUGAGAUAAACAACAAAAUGGUCGAGUGCAAGAAGGCGCAGCCAAAGGAAGUGAUGCUGCCGGCCAACCUGGCCAAGACUCGUGCGGCCGGCCGUUCUGCUUACGAUAACAUCAUGUGGGGUCUGGGGACAUUGCCCGAAGGCUUUCCGGCAGCUGCUUAUGCUGCCUAUGCCGCUGGUCGCGGUUAUUCGGGUUAUCCCUCCUUUGGACUCCCCUAUCCAACUGGCUUGACCAUUUGCGGCAUCGGUAGGAGUUAUGGUGCCGCAUGUAGCGCGACACCGGGCCGCAGCAGAGCCGCUCCGGGCGGUGCCUCUGCUGUUGGUGGUGCUUCGGCGGCUGCCGCCGCCGCUCAUGGCCCACCCCAGUCGGGAUAUCAUCAACAGGCGCUGGCCCUGCCACUUGCCACAGCGCUGACAGCCCGCUCGGCGGCCAUCAAGUCACAGUUUCUGGGCAACAUAAAUUUCUAAGAGCUGAAUCGAGUCUGACAAUGAAUCGAGCGACACACAGAGAGAUAGCCAGAGAAGCAGACAACAAGGCCCUGCAAAAGUUUUUGAUGUUUACAUUUCGAUUCUCAUUGCCAUUUUUGCCUCUUUCUCCUCGGGUCUCCACGACAACGACACGCUAUCCAAAUAAAUCAUUUGUACAAGUGACAAGUAGGUACAGCAAUCAAUAACAACCACAACAGCAAACUGCAACUGCAACUGCAACAGCAACAGCAAGUGCCGCAAGUGCCACAAACAGCCAUAGUUUAGCCCCAUAUGUCUACGGUAAUGGUACGAGUAACAACUGAAAACUGAAAACUACAACCAGCCGAUAACCGCAUCCAGAACAUGAUGAAAUGAGCCUUAAACUCGAAACGAAAACUAACCAGAGAUUCGAAGAGAAUCCAUGUAAUCCUCACACACAAACACUUAGAGCUGCAGUCUUAUGGCUGGACACACAAUUAGCAGCCACAAAUAGCUGACAUUAUAGCCACUUUCUCGUUCCACUUACUCCCCAUAUCGAAUCAGUAUUAGCUGGAAUCCCUAAGUAGUAACUAGCGUUAUCCACGUAUCACAAUACUCAUACAGAAAUACGUAUGAUGUAGAGGGUUAGCCUGCAACCUCUUAGCGCAGUUCUAUAGCCAAUGUGAACGAAAGUAUCUACUAUAACCGUGUAGCAUCGCUUAGGCUUAGAUCUUUAGGCAAACAUAAUCACAUAAACAGACAUAUAACCAUGUAUACGUACCACACUGUAUCGCCUAUACUCGUAUAUCGCUCUAUAGAGACACCAACUAGAGAUAACCCUAGAAAUAUCUGAAAUAUACUUAUCUACAGUAACUGCGUAUAUACGAUAGCCAACUAUAAUCACACACGAAUCUCUCGUACAUUUGUACCCUUUGACCUGGUCCCAGUACUGCUGCUAUUACUGCUCCCAUUUGUGCGACAAUUCUCGCAUUUGUACUCCUAUCGCAUCCCCAUUCAGAGUCAUUCCAUCCCAUCCCAUUCCCCCCGACAUACAUUUAAUAUUUAUAAAACUAUUUUACCGUAGCAUCUAAAUGCAAAUUUCAUUUGUAGUCCUUCCUCCUUGUAUACGUUUGUACUAUGCAUAAAUUAGUUGCUGCUUCCCACAAUUGGAGCAACAGCAGCGGCAGCAACAAUUUGGAAUUCCGAAAUAAAAUGCACAUGGAAUAACAUUUAGAUAACGACAAAUUUUAGCAGGCCUGUCACACAUGUAGUGCCAUUAUUAUCCUUUAAUUAAUUUGCUGCAUAUUAUGUAUGAUAUUUACUCUGGCUUUUGUUGUUGUUUGAGUUUCGUUUUGUUUUUUUUUUUUGCAAUUUCCAUACCCCAUUUUCCUCUACUGAUUUUCAGUUUUUUUUGUUUCUAUUUUAGUUUCAGUUUUAGCUGGAGCUUCCGCUUCUGUUGUCGGUCUACAUACAUAAAUGUAGAUACAUAUAUAUAUAUAUAUAUUGGUGGUUCCCAUGAGUUUUUAGAGAUAAUUAGCAAACGUGCGCAGAGAUUUUUGCCAUGGCAAAAAGUUCAUUAAUUAGUAGAUUUGUCCAUUUAUCCAUUUGCCCAUUAUCCGUUGUUGUAUUAUUCCGUUUCGUAAUAUUAGCAACAAACCGCAUUUGGCCACCCCCACAUAUUGUACGAAUUGAAAGCCUUUAAGAGAAUCAACUAUGAAAAUUCCUUCCUUCAUCGGUGCAUCGCUAAAAAAUCAACAAACAAAAAUCGAAGAAAAA